GUCGAAAUUGCGCGUAACAACUGAGUAUUGCGUUACUUUUGGUCGACAUGGUGGGCUACCCACAAGAGUGUGAAACUGGUUUAUAAAACGAUAGUUAGUUACCGUAAACUAUCUUUUAAGCAACUUAAUCUACAGAAGGCUCACCAAAGCAGUUAGAAUACAGUAAAACAUGCGAAGAAGUACUUUUGAUUCAGUAACCGGUGAAUUUUUGAUUCUUUUCGAUCUGGAACCAGAAUAACCGCGAACUAUUCCAUUCAGAAUGCGAAAUAAGGCAUGCAGGAGCAGAUCAUUACCAUCGAAUGAAUCAGCUUGAUGUGAGAUGAGACUUUCAGCAUAUUUUCGUUAUAUCAUAGUUAUCCAGAUUUUUUUGGCGCUGUAUAGGCAGUGAUUUGGAUUUUGACGUAUUCCGCAGAGUCACCGCGAUCAUGGGAAGUAUACAUAUGCUUUAAAUGCAUUACUUUGUUGGCUCCUUCCUCCAUUGAGUGUUUACAAUGGAAGCUGUGGAUCUAUGUAUUUCCUCGCCACCGUGGACAAAACGUCGCCACCUUCCUUUUGGAAUGGGGACCAGUUGGUGGAUUAUAAAUGAUGUUCAAGUAACUUAUAUCUUUCCAUGUGGUGUUGCGGUCUGUGGGAACAAUAUGAUAACCAGUCAUUCAAUGGAGCACAUCAUGAAAUAUAGGAAUAUUGACUUCGCAUUAACAAAAAAACCCAAGUAAGUUUUGGAUGGAUUAAAAAUACUUGGGAAAAAAUAAAGCUUGAAGUUAUUCCACAAUAUAACAAGUCAUUCAAUGGAGCACAUCAUGAAAUAUAGGAAUAUUGUCUUCGCAUUAACAAAAAAACCCAACUUCCAAUCCCUUGUAAACGUUGUACUUACCUCAAUAUUGGUUGGUUAUUGUAUGCCUACAACCACGGGAUGAAAACGAAACGAAGUCGAUUUUCGCGCUUAACCUGGAGGACAACUGUACAAUUCAAUAACUAUACGGCGUGGUUCAGACAAUGAGUGUAUUAUAUGUAUCAAAUGUUUAACAGUUGAAAUAUGAUUAACUUGUAGACAAUCUGAGAUUUGAGACUAUAUCUUACUUGAUCGUGCCUGUAAAAAAGGGCAUGCAUUUUCAUGUAAAUUUUUUAAAUUUGUAUGAAAUACAUUACAUUAUUGCAAGCGGUAAAACUUCUUUUUCUGUAUGUUCUCAGUAUUCUGGAAUAGACAACCAGCUAAUGUAUGUGAUGGGAACACACUCUCAGUAGUCAUCUGGUUAGUCACCGAACUCCCGACAAUGCCCUCCUGCGUGUGAUUCGUACGUCUUCUUUUUUUCGCCCACAGAUAUU